AUGAGCUUGGAAGGCGCAAAUGAGCCACAACAAGGAAAAGAACCACAAAACAUUGAUAUUUCUGAAAUCGACUCUAUUAUUAAAGGUAUACCAAAGAGCCAAAUUAAUGAAUAUUUAAUAGAAACACAAUAUGAUGAUUACAUUGAACAAUUAUCUAAAAUCACGCAAGAAAUGCAAUCGGCUGCUGUCAAAAUCCCAGAUAUUCCAAAAUUAUCUACAAAAAUUCAAGAAUUUCAACAAAAUAAAUCAAAGCAAACUAAAAAUAAGCGCAGACGUGCCAGGAAUCCUAACGAAUUGAUAAAAUACUCAAAAGGUCCUGUCUCAAUCCCUAAGACAGAAAUUAAAGAAAUUAUUCAUAAAGAACAAAAUAGUUCUACUCCAUCAACAGAAAAUUCAAUCGAAAGCAAACUUAAUGCAUCAUUAGUACAAAGUAAUCCAUCAACUCGUAUAGUAUCUAAACCACAAGAAAUUCCAUCAAAAUCUACCACAAUUGGAAACAUUGGAACCAAACAACAAGAAGCUCCAACUAAAUCUCCUUCAGCCGAAAGUGUCGAUAGCCCUACAAACAAACAACAAGAAACACCAACUAAAUCUCCUUCAAUUGGAAGCAUUUCUUCCAUUUCAAACAAGCAAUCUGGCACUGCACAGCCAGUUUUCAAGUCAAAUCUCCCAACUUCUACAGAUGCAUCUAAGAAUGCUGGAAUUUCACUUGGUCUUGGAGCCAAACAGCAAACUUUGGGACAAAAUUCUCAGGCUGCAUCUACGUUUAAUGCAUCUGCUCUUAAACAGCCACAACUUGCUAAAAAUACAAAUUCAACAGAAGAAAAAGCAAAUGAAGGCCAAGCAAAGCCGAACCUUCUUUCAGGUACAAAACUAACUCCAAUGGGUAUAGGAAAACCUUCUCUUGGCUUCGGAAAAUCUCAAAAUCAAAAUUCAACAGAAGAAAAGAAAGAUGAAGGAGAAUCUAAACCAAAUUCAUUAUUUAGUGUCAAUAAGCCUUCUCUUAAUUUAGGAAAAUCUUCUCUUGGCUUCGGAAAAUCUCAAAAUCAAAAUUCAACAGAAGAAAAGAAAGAUGAAGGAGAAUCUAAACCAAAUUCAUUAUUUAGUGUCAAUAAGCCUUCUCUUAAUUUAGGAAAAUCUUCUAUUGGCUUCGGAAAAUCUCAAAAUCAAAAUUCAACAGAAGAAAAGAAAGAUGAAGGAGAAUCUAAACCAAAUUCAUUAUUUAGUGUCAAUAAGCCUUCUCUUAAUUUAGGAAAAUCUUCUAUUGGCUUCGGAAAAUCUCAAAAUCAAAAUUCAACAGAAGAAAAGAAAGAUGAAGGAGAAUCUAAACCAAAUUCAUUAUUUAGUGUCAAUAAGCCUUCUCUUAAUUUAGGAAAAUCUUCUAUUGGCUUCGGAAAAUCUCAAAAUCAAAAUUCAACAGAAGAAAAGAAAGAUGAAGGAGAAUCUAAACCAAAUUCAUUAUUUAGUGUCAAUAAGCCUUCUCUUAAUUUAGGAAAACCUUCUAUUGGCUUCGGAAAAUCUCAAAAUCAAAAUUCAACAGAAGAAAAGAAAGAUGAAGGAGAAUCUAAACCAAAUUCAUUAUUUAGUGUCAAUAAGCCUUCUCUUAAUUUAGGAAAAUCUUCUAUUGGCUUCGGAAAAUCUCAAAAUCAAAAUUCAACAGAAGAAAAGAAAGAUGAAGGAGAAUCUAAACCAAAUUCAUUAUUUAGUGUCAAUAAGCCUUCUCUUAAUUUAGGAAAAUCUUCUAUUGGCUUCGGAAAAUCUCAAAAUCAAAAUUCAACAGAAGAAAAGAAAGAUGAAGGAGAAUCUAAACCAAAUUCAUUAUUUAGUGUCAAUAAGCCUUCUCUUAAUUUAGGAAAACCUUCUAUUGGCUUCGGAAAAUCUCAAAAUCAAAAUUCAACAGAAGAAAAGAAAGAUGAAGGAGAAUCUAAACCAAAACUUAACUCCCUUGGUGGAAAACCUUUGAAUUUCUCAAAGCCCCAACUUUCUACUUCAGAAAAGAAAGAUGAAGGAAACAAACAAUCACUACUUGGUGGAAACAAACUUUCUCCUUUAGGCGGAAACAAAUUUUCUCCUUUAGGUGGAAACAAACUUUCAGCAGGAGGUCCAACCAAAAUUAAUUUCGGAAAUUUAGGAAAAACAAACAAAUCUAAUAAUUAA